UAACCUAGAAUAAUCUGGACCGUGUGUGAAUUUGUGUUUUUUUUCUGCUCACUACCUUUGUUUUAAGAAAGAAAAUUAAAAGUGUUUGUUUCAAUUUUUUUCGCCAAUCACAAUACGUUUGUCACUUGGCAUGAGAAAUGUGAAAAGCCUGUUUCGAAUUCUGUGCGUAACUUUUCCGUGAAUCAUGAAGAAGGUCAUUCGACCUUUGCUGGAAUGCUGUAAAACUUUUCAUUGUUCGAUUUAAUAAACAUCAGUACUUCGACUUAGAAACGAAACGAACCUGAAUCCAAGUUACUCAUCGAAAUUUUCAUGUCACUCUCGGAGAGCAGUGACACUGUCGAUCUUAAACAAAAUAUGUGAUAAAAUAUUGCCGAAUAAAAUAAAAUAUCAGAAAUCGGGAAACAAGUUAACAAAAAAACACGUUCACAAGAUACAAUACGUUUACGCACAAAAUUUGCAUUUGGAAAUCGAUAUUCGCGAAAUGUACGUUUGUUGAUGAUCAUUAAUUGGUAUUUUUGUGUCUGUUGAGUCUGGGUUUUAUGUUGAUUUUCGUUGGUAACGUGCUCCUGUUGAGCAGCAAAUGUGAACGAAGGUGAAAGAGAGAAAAACAGUCGUCAUCACAUAACAGCAUAAGAAGAAGUCAAAAACGUGGCAACGCCGAUGGAAUUUAAGUUCCAAAGCAAAAUUGUAUAUGGGCAGUUUCACCCAUGUGACCAAAUCCAAGACUCGUGUGAAAGAAGCGUGAAUUCAUAAAAUGAAUGGACAUUCUGCUUUUUGAUUAUGUUUGUGUGUAGGGAUCGUUCAAUGUAUUUUCAAAGCGGUUCCGCCUUUAUACGGCCAAAUAAUCAAGUUUAUUACCGCACUUGACAAUCAAUACUGGCACCACACAAAGAUGUACGAUUAAACCGGUGAGGGGCCGAUUUCGCUGUAGAACGUAUGUAUUUGGUAAAGCUAUGUGUAAAAAUGGCAUGGGAGAAAUAAGAUAUGCAGACUAAAAUCCUGUUUAUUUCGAAUAUCACUCUACAUUAUUUAAAUUGCAGUGUUUCGAGGAUUCGCAACUGAGAUUCGGACGAUGCGCAAGUGAAGUGAGAGUGUUUUUCAGCGUUGAUAAGUCUCAUAUUGUCAAAAAAUGGAAAAUUUCGAUUCCAUGUAACAAUUACAAAAAAUUCCAAGCAACAAUAUCAUUCACAGAGUAUAAAAAGAGGAUUGCAGACAGUGGGCAAACAUAAACAAGUGUUAUACUUAAUUACUACAAGUGGCAAUGACAAUGGAUUGACACACUCUUCAUUGGACAGAGUUGGCUGCAAAGCAGUAGAUAAAAACUACUGUUAUUUAUUAGUCAGUAGAUAAGGACAACUGAAUCGAAUGUAAACACGGAAUACUCUCGAAACAAAAGGAGCACCUUGUUUUUUGUUGUUGUUCAGAGCAAAUCGCACGUUCAUCUCGCGUGAAUUUUUCACUGCCGUGUCAAAUGCAGCUGUGAAAAUUGAAACGUAUAGAGUUGGGGAAAAGUGGCAAGACACCGCGGAAUUCUACAUAAAAAAGACAGCUGACGACGACAACCGCCGUUCAUUUUAGCAACACGUGAUUUUGCCGGGCUAACACAAAUUGACAGUGAAAAAAUAUUUGAAGCUGGCAAAUGUCCCAAAUCGUUUCACAACUCUGCUACACACUAUUCUCUCGCCGAAAAAACAGAUUUUUCCUAUAUGAGCAAACGAAUGUGACCAAAACACUGUUUAUGUGAAUCAACUAUGCUGUAAGUCGAUAACGAACAACCACAUUGAUAACAUGCUAUCGUCAUAGCGUCGAUAUUCUGGUAAUUUCAAGAGAGAUACCGUGUGUUUGUGUGCAGGGCUGCGGAUGCUGAUCUGCAUUGGCUUGUAUUUGUGACACUCAUAUAUCAACACACAUUCACAGUCUCAUGAAUGCUCAUGUGAUAAAUUUCGUUUUUCUUUCACACCUGUUCUGCGCAUAUACUUAUUGCGGCGGCUACUAUGAGUGACAGACUUUAUCAGAUCGAACAGCCAGCAAAAUUCAAAAUCAGCAUUACAACUGAGUAUCCGUAUUUUUUUUAAACAUAAAUUUCUGUGUGAAACUGAACAAGUUUACAACGAUUUACAACAACAAAUAACAAGAAAAACUAAAAUACUCAGACGUUAAAACGAUAAAAACGAAGAAAUGAAAUAUAUCAAUAAAAGUUAAAUAAUACGACGAAGGAAUUCGUUAACGUAAAAAAAAAGAAGAGACAAAAUACGAAAAAAAUACCGUUGCUGAUCGGGGAGUCGUUCUUUUUGAAUCGAAAACUUUUUUUUUUCAAAUUCACAUUCAGUGUUGAUUUAAUGUUCAACGCGUGCAGAAGUGGCCUUCUCGUGUGCUAUUGACAAUUCUUAUUUUAUUUGAAGCAUUCGCUUUGCUACAGUAUUUGGUGAACUAACUCUAUCAAAACGUUGUCCAUCACGAAGUGCCACAAUCAUAUCGAAUCCAGAACAUCGAUCAACACGUACGAUCGGCGAAAAAUCUCCAGCAUCCGAUUCAGUUUAGCAGUAAUCGUUCGAAAGAAGAAAAAGCGCAAAAAGAAAAAUUGCUUGAAAUUUAAUGCGUGGCAACUGAAAGAUUUAGUUUGUGUACUCAAGUGAAACUGUUUUUUUUUUCUCUAUCGAUUUGAACAAUUCGGGUUUCGAGCAACUAUUAUUUGAUUUAGAACAAUGUUUAAUAUUAUUUGCGAUUAUUUGAUAUUCUUCGGUUUUUUGAUCGGUUCGACGCUGUUCCCAUUAUGGGGCAGUUUAAUGCGUAAGAAGAAGCCAACCGAUCAGGCUGACACAAAAGCAAAUUACGUAUUUGCAACGGGACAAGUUGGCAUUUUUGCGAUGAUGCUUUCCAUUGCUCGCGGUACACUUGGAGUUCGUGCAUUUUUGGGCUACCCUUCGGAACUGUUUUAUCGAGGAGUUGGAAUGUGGGAAACCAUCUAUGGUUUAGCAUCUGCCUAUCCAAUCGUAUGCUUUGUUUUUGUGCCCAUCUACUUGAAUCUCGGAAUAACUUCAGUCUACCAAUAUUUGGAUAUGAGAUUCAAAAGCAAAUUGGUCCGUCGCCUAGCAUCAGCCACAUUCAUUGCACGAAAUGUUUUCAUAAUGGGCAUAACAAUGUAUACACCAUGCGUAGCGCUCAAUACAGUUGCCAAUAUUCCAUACUGGGCAAGCUAUUUGCUGAUGACUGCUUUAGGAAUUCUAUUCACAAUUUUCGGUAAUUUGAAAAGCGCAAUUACGGCUGAUGUCAUUCAGGGAAUCACAAUGAUCAUCGUAUCGUUUGGAGUUAUUGUACAAGGCGCUUAUGAGGCAGGUGGUGUCGAAAAAGCCGUAAAGAUCAAUCGUGACAACGGUCGAUUAGACUUCUUCACAUUCAGCGGUGAUGUAACGACCAGAAUUGACACGCUAUCCGCCUGGUUGGGCCAACUAUUUAUUUCGUUAUCGGUGUUGGGCUGCCAACAAAACAACGUGCAACGUUACAUGAGCAUGAAAUCACAAAAAGAUGUCACACGCACACUUAUGGCAAAUGUUCCGUUCGUGACAUUCUUGUUCUCGCUGUCUUGGCUCGUCGGCAUGGGCAUCUAUGCCACAUAUUUCAAUUGCGAUCCAUUCAAAGCCGGAUACAUCGAGAAAACCGACGAGAUCCUACCUUAUUUUAUCCUUGAUCGUCUUACAUACAUUCCUGGAUUUUUGGGCCUCUUCAUGGCCACCCUCUUUAACGGCUCGUUAUGUAUUUAUGUGUCAACACUCAAUUCAGUUGCCACUGUUACAUGGGAAGAUUUCAUCUCACAUAUUCCAGUCUUCCGUAAAUUUGCCGAUUUCAAGCAGUUGUGCGCGAUCAAAACUCUUGGAGUUACAUACGCAUUGAUAUGCAUGGGAUUGGCGUAUGUAGUGAGCUUGUUCUCGGGCGUCAUUGAGAUCUCAAUGUUUGUUAACGCAGCGACCAGUGGUACCCUGGUCGGUGUGUUCAUAUUGGCCAUGUUGAUUCCGUUUGCAAACGGCAAAGGUGCAAGUAUUGGCAUGAUCGCAUCACAUGUGACAAUUAUUUCUCUGUCAAUCGCAUCUUAUUUGGGCAACAACAUGAUGAAAACCGAAUUCCUACCAACUUCAAUUGACGGUUGUAAUGCCACUGCCAAUCACUCGUUGUUCUUGUUCGACCCGGCCGAAACUGAAUUUCAACGCAUGAGCCGCAUCAAUUUGACCUUCUACGAAGCCCCCUUGGCUGAAGACAUCUCCGCACCUGAAAGAACGUUCUUGAAAUCAUUCCUCAACAUGUCAUACAUGUACUACAGUGUUUUCGGUAGCAUCGUCACUGUUCUAGUCGGUUGCAUUGUCAGUUUGUUCACAAAUACUGAAGGAUACGACUCAACGCUGGUACAUCCAAUGGUGUUACGAUUUGUAAAAUCCAAAUCAGAACUGCCGGUCAUCGAUGAAAAGCCACGCCAAGCAAUCAUCAACCAACUUUCAGCGACCGAAAAACAACGCGACAAAUGCUAAAUGUUUGUAAAUCUGUGUUCUAUGUCGGUCGGUACUUUAAACUUAAAAUAUAUCAGCCAUAUUAGUGUUGCAUUGUAAUUCUCAAUGUGAUUGUUAAUUAAUCAAUGCAACAAUUUAAUUCCUAUUAGCGUUAAAUUUCAUGCACGAAGAAAAAUGCGAUUUAGAUAUCCUUUUUAUAGUGUUUAGUCUCGUCUAUCUAAUUUACCAAAUAAUUGUCACUGCAAUGGAUUUGCUUGAUAUUUCGAUUUCAUUCAAUGAAACCGAUUCUUAGUCAGACGCAGAAAGAAAAUCAGAUUUUCCAAAUGCCACAAUCAAAUACUUACAUUAGAUAAAUACGUAGCCUAAUUUUACGCUUACAUGUUUUUGUAUUUAUAUUACAAAUAAGAGAGAAUCUAUCGGCUAUUGUUUAGCGUGUAAAAUGUAAACUGUGUUAUGUUUUAAUUGAGAAAUACUUAUUUUUGUACGAACUUGCUUAAUAUGUCAUAAGGAAUAUUCAAGUUGCCAGAGUUUCAAUGCAAGAUAAUUUACGAAAAUAAAAUUCGAAAUGACUUAAGAAAAA